UCCCAAGGAUCCCAUCGACCUGUCAAAAUUCCCUGUGGACAAAAUCAGGAAUUUCUGCAUCAUUGCACACAUCGAUCACGGGAAAAGCACUUUGGCUGACAGGCUGUUGGAAAUGACAGGAGCCAUCGCAAAGACUGAGAAGAACAAGCAGGUUCUGGACAAGCUUCAAGUGGAGCGGGAGAGAGGGAUCACUGUGAAGGCCCAGACGGCCUCCCUGUUUUACAGCCACGACGGACAGGAGUACCUCCUCAACCUAAUCGACACGCCGGGACAUGUUGACUUCAGCUAUGAAGUGUCUCGCUCCCUUUCUGCUUGCCAGGGUGUCCUGUUGAUUAUCGAUGCCAAUCAGGGAAUUCAGGCGCAAACGGUGGCCAACUUCUACCUGGCAUUUGAAUCCCAACUGACGAUAAUCCCUGUGAUCAAUAAGAUUGAUUUAAAGAACGCCGAUCCGGAGCGAGUGGAGUCUCAGAUAGAAAAGGUGUUUGAUAUUCCACGGGAGGAGUGCCUCAGGAUUUCAGCCAAACUGGGAACCAAUGUUGAAGCGGUUCUUCAAGCGGUUGUCGAACGGAUUCCACCACCUGCUGGGAGCAUCAGUGAGCCGUUUAAAGCGCUGGUGUUUGACUCCAACUUUGACCACUACAGAGGAGUGGUGGCCAACAUCGCAGUGUUUGGAGGUCGGGUGAAAAAAGGGGACAAGAUCGUCUCAGCACAUCUCAGUAAAACCUACGAGGUCAACGAGCUUGGCCUGCUGCGGCCGGAGGAGCAUCCCACGCAGAAGCUCUUUGCAGGCCAAGUGGGGUAUAUGAUAGCGGGGAUGAAGGAUGUGAAGGAGGCCCAGAUUGGCGACACUCUGUACCACCAGGAGCAGCCAGUCCAAGCUCUUCCUGGGUUCAAGCCAGCCAAAGCCAUGGUGUUCGCUGGCAUGUACCCCAUGGACCAGUCGGAAUAUCCCGCCCUGCGAAGCGCCAUCGAGAGGCUGACCCUGAACGACUCCAGCGUCACAGUGCAGAGAGACAGCAGUCUGGCCCUGGGAGCAGGAUGGAGGCUUGGUUUUCUGGGUCUUCUCCACAUGGAGGUGUUCAAUCAGAGGCUGGAGCAGGAGUACAAUGCCUCUGUCAUAGUAACAGCCCCCACCGUGCCCUACAAGGUGCUCCUCUCCUCGGCUAAACUCAUCAAGGAACAUGGCAGUGAGGAGGUCACCAUCGUGAACCCGGCUCAGUUCCCGGACAGAUCGGUCGUGUCUGAAUAUCUGGAGCCCAUGGUGUUGGGGACUAUUCUGGCUCCGGACGCUUACACCGGCAAGAUUAUGAGUCUGUGCUUGAGUCGCAGGGCGGUGCAGAAGAACGUGGUGUACAUUGAUGAGCAGCGUGUCAUGAUGAAGUAUCUCUUUCCUCUAAAUGAGAUUGUUGUGGAUUUCUACGAUCUCCUUAAAUCCAUGUCAUCCGGAUAUGCCAGCUUUGACUAUGAAAAUGCAGGUUACCAGGCUGCCGAUUUGAUCAAGAUGGAUAUUCUACUGAAUGGGCGACCAGUGGAAGAGCUCACCACCAUCGUGCACAGGGACCGCGCCUACUCUACAGGGAAGGCGAUGUGUGAGCGGCUGAAAGAAUCCAUCCCGAGGCAGAUGUUUGAGAUCGCCAUACAGGCAGCCAUUGGGAGUAAAGUCAUAGCAAGAGAAACAAUAAAAGCAUACAGGAAAAACGUUCUAGCAAAAUGUUAUGGAGGCGACAUCACACGGAAGAUGAAGCUGCUGAAGAAACAAGCUGAAGGGAAGAAGAAGAUGAGGCGCAUCGGCAACGUGGAAGUUCCAAAAGAUGCUUUUAUUAGUGUUCUGAAGAGGAAAGAUAAAUAAA